AUGGGGAUCGUUGCGCGCGGGAAAAGGCGGAGAGAACGGCUGCGCCUCGCCGUCCUCGCCGCGCUGGCCGCAACCGGCGCGGCGCAGGAUGACUGCGCCUUCGCGGAGCACGUCGUGUCGAACGCGGUGACGGACGUCCAGUCGGUCGUCGCCGUCGACGUGGACGGCGACGCGGACGUCGACCUCGUCGUAGGCCGGCGCUCAGCCGUCGAACAGGUCGACUACUCGCUACAGUGGUUCGAGAACGACGGGGCGCAGUCCUACACCGACCGUGUGGUCACGGCGAUCAAUUCCGUCCGCGCCGUCGCGGCGGGCGACCUCGACGGCGACGGCGACGUGGACCUGUUCGCGGGCAUCUUCGAGGACGACGCCGUCGCCUGGUCCUUCACGGAGCUCGUGAUCACGGCCGCCGCGGACGCGCCGCGCGACGUGCUGGUCGCCGACGUGAACGGCGACGCCGCGCUGGACGUCGUCGUCGCGUCCUACGGCGACGACAACGUCGUCUGGUGCGAGAACGACGGCUUCGAGUCCUUCACCGAGCGCGUCGUCUCGUCGCUCGUCGGCGGCGCGAACGCGGCCUUCGCGGCGGACGUCGACGGCGACGGCGACGUCGACCUCGUCGCCACCGCCUACCUCGACGAGAACCUCCUCUGGUUCGAGAACGACGGCUCCGAGUUCUUCACGGAGCGCGUCAUCGCCGUCCAGGGCGCGUUCUCCGCCGUCGCGGUCGACGUCGACGGCGACGGCGACGUCGACGUCGUCGCGGGCGAGAGAGACGAGGACACGGUCGCGUGGUACGAGAACGACGGGUCCCAGUCCUUCACCAACAACGAGCUCACGCAGAGCUUGCUCGAGCCCUUCUCCGUCUCCGCCGCGGACAUCGACGGCGACGGCCAGGUCGACGUGCUCGCCGCGGCGGCCACCGACAACGCCGUCAAAUACUUUGAGAACGACGGCGCCGCCUCAUUCACGGAAUACGCGGUGACGACGACGGCGACCGAGGCGCGGAGCGUCGGCGCGGCCGACGUCGACGGCGACGGCGACCUCGACGUCGUCGUCGGCGCCUACGGCGACGGCGUCGCCGCGUGGUACGAGACGAGGCAGUGCGACCCGGCGUGCACGGCCGCGAACUUCAUGGAGUACGUGAUCUCGAACGCCGCGAUGGGCGCCUCGUCCGUCUACGCGGCAGACGUCGACGGCGACGGCCUCGUGGACGUCCUGUCGGCGUCCGAGGACGACGACAGCGUCAACUGGUACGACGGCAGCGCGGGCUUCGCGGAGACAACCAUCAGCGCGUCGUCGUCCGGCGCGCGGUCCGUCUUCGCGAUCGACGUCGACGGCGACGGCGACGUCGACGUCCUGGCGGCGUCCGACGACGACGACACGGUCGCCUGGUUCGAGGGCGAGGCGUCGACUGACGACACCACUAUAAACUUCUCGACGCGCGACAUCACCAACUCGGCGGUCAACGCCAUGCGCGUCUACGCGAUCGACGUCGACGGCGACGGCGACGUCGACGCGCUCUCGGCGGCCCAGGGAGACGGGUCCGGGACCAACGACGAGGUCUCCUGGUACGAGAACGACGGCUCCCAGUCCUUCACCAAGCGCAUCAUCGACGACGACGCGUCGCACGCCUACGCCGUCUUCGCGAUCGACGUCGACGGCGACGCGGACGUCGACGCGCUCUCCGCGGCGCAGUUCAGCAACGAGCUGCCCUGGUACGAGAACGACGGGUCCCAGUCCUUUACGAAGCACACCAUCACCACCAUCGGCGACCAGUCGAAGCUCGACGUCUACGCGGUCGACCUCGACGGCGACGGCGACGUCGACGUGCUCUCCGCGGACUUCGACGACCCCGCGGUCUACUGGUACGAGAACGACGGGUCCCAGAGCUUCACCGACAAAAUCAUCGCGACGAACGUCUACGGCGCCUGGGCCGUCUUCGCGACGGACGUCGACGGCGACGGCGACGUCGACGCGAUGGUCGCGGCCAACACCGCCGACACGAUCGCGUGGUACGAGAACGACGGGACCCAGUCCUUCACGGAGCACGUCCUGACGACGCUCGCCGACGGCGCCACCUCCAUCUACGCGGCGGACCUCGACGGCGACGGCGACGUCGACCUCGUCUCCGCGGCGUCGACCCUCGACACCGUCGCCUGGUGGGCCAACGACUGCUACGUCGAGCCGCCGACGCCCGCGCCGACGCCGCGGCCGACGGUCGCCUGCGAGUCCAUCUCCAUCACCACGGAACACGUGGUCGACGACGGCCUGGUCGACCUCGAGGACGCGUUCGCGGCCGACGUCGACGGCGACGGCGACGUCGACCUGCUGCAGGCGUCCUACGGCGUCCAGACGGUCGCGUGGUACGAGAACGACGGGUCGCAGUCCUUCACGUCGCGUUUCAUCGGGGCUUUCACCGCCGGCGCCGUUUCCGUCGUCGCCCUCGACGUCGACGGCGACGGCGACGUCGACGCGCUGGCGGGAGUCGCCGGGGAGGAUCUGGUGGAAUGGUGGGAGAACGACGGCUCCCAGUCCUUCAGCGGGCACCUCAUCUCGGUCUCGUCCGAGGACGUCAUGUGCGUCUUCGCCGCCGACGUCGACGGCGACGGCGACGAGGACGUCCUGUCGGCGUCCGAAUACGACGACACGGUCGCGUGGUUCGAGAACGACGGCUCCGCGUCCUUCAACGAGCACCUCAUCUCGACGCUCGUCAACGAGGCCAACUCCGUCUUCGCCAUCGACGUCGACGGCGACGGCGACGUCGACGUGCUGGCCAGCUCCGGCAACGACAACUUCGUCGCGUGGUACGAGAACGACGGCGCCGAGGCCUUCUCGGACCGCGUCGUCACGCACGCGGCGGACCGCUUCGCCUUCGCGAUCGACCUCGACGGCGACGGCGACGUCGACGCGCUGGCCGCGUCCUACGACAUACCGCGGGUCGCGUGGUAUGAGAACGACGGCUCCCAGUCCUUCACGGAGCGCGUCCUGUCGACGUCGCUGGCGGACGCCCGCGUGUUUGCGAUGGACCUCAACGGCGACGGCGACCUGGACGUCGGGGCGGGGUCGUCGAGCGACGGCACGGUGAUGCUCUUCGACAACGACGGGGCCGAGUCCUUCACUUCUUUCCCCGCGAGCGUCGGCGACGGCGUCGAGGCCAUCUCCGGCGUAGACGUCGACGGCGACGGCGACGUCGACAUCCUGCUGGCCCUCUCCGGGUCCCCGUACAGCAACCUCCAGUGGCGCGAGAACGCCUGCGAGACGUCCGCGCCGACGGCGUCAAAAACGCCGACGGCGACGCCGACGGCCUCGCCCAUCCCGACGGUGACUUCGACGCCGACCGGCGCUCCGACGCCGCGGCCCACGGUGAAUUGCGGCGACGCGAACUUCACGACGCCGCACAUCAUCACGACGCUCGCGGACUGGGCCCAGUCCGUCUUCGCGAUCGACGUCGACGGCGACGGCGACGUCGACGUCCUGUCGGCGUCCGAGUCGGACGACACGGUGGCCUGGUACGAGAACGACGGCGCCCAGGCGUUCGCGCAGCGCCUCGUCACGACGCUCGCGGACGGCGGCGAGUGCGUCUACGCGAUCGACGUCGACGGUGACGGCGACGUCGACGUGCUCUCGGCGUCCGACGAGGACGACACGGUGGCCUGGUCCUUCACGGAGCGCGUCGUCACGUCGCUCGCCGACGGCGCCGUGUCCGUCUUCGCCGCCGACGUCGACGGCGACGGCGACGCGGACGUCCUGUCGGCGUCCUACUGGGACGACACGGUCGCGUGGUACGAGAACGACGGCUCCCAAUCCUUCACGGGACGCAUCGUCAGCACGCUCGCGGAUAGCGCCGUCUUCGUCCGCGCGGCCGACGUCGACGGCGACGGCGGCGUCGACGUCGUCUCGGUGACCAACUGGGACGACACGUUCGCCUGGUACGAGAACGACGGGGCCCAGUCUGGUACCGGAGUCUUCGCAAUGUCCUUCACGGAGCGCGUCGUCACCACGCUCGCGGACGACGGCUCCUCCGCCAGCGUCGCGGACGUCGACGGCGACGGCGACGUCGACCUCGCGCUCACGACCAACACCGCCGACACGCUGGCCUGGUACGAGAACGACGGGGCGCAGUCCUUCUCCGAGCGGCUCGUCGCGAACGUCGUCAACGCGAAGUCCGUCGUCGUCGCCGACGGCGACGGCGACGGCGACGUCGACCUCUUCGUGGCCAGCGCUGGCGCGGUCGCCUGGUACGAGAACGACGGGUCCGAGUCCUUCGCCGCGCACACCAUGGACGCGAGCCCGGCUGGCUUCUACUCGGUCUUCGCCAUCGACGUCGACGGCGACGGAGACAGCGACGCGCUGACGGCGUCGACGACCUUCGACACGGUCGCGUGGUACGAGAACGCCUGCGAGCCAGCCCCGGUUCCGACGACCUUCUGCACGGCCGUCGCCUUUUCUACCCGAAUCGUCACGACGCUGGCGGACAACGCCCGCAGCGUCUUCGCGAUCGACGUCGACGGCGACGGCGACGUGGACGUCCUGUCGGCGUCCAAAGCGGACCACACGGUCGCGUGGUACGAGAACGACGGGUCCCAAUCCUUCACGGAGCGCGUCGUCGAGGCGAACGCGGAAUUUGCCUGGUCCGUCUACGCGAUCGACGGCGACGGCGACGGCGACGUCGACGUCCUUUCGGCGUCCUACCAAGACGACACGAUCGCGUGCUACGAGAACGACGGGGCCCAGUCCUUCACGGAGCACGUCCUGACGACGCUCGCCGACGGCGCCCUGUCCGUCUUCGCCGCCGACGUCGACGACGACGGCGACGUGGACGUCCUGUCGGCGUCCUCCUCCGACGACACGGUGGCCUGGUUCGAGAACGACGGCUCCCAAUCCUUCGCGGAACGCGUCAUCUCAGACUCGGCGAACGGCGCUCGAUGCGUCUACGCGACCGACGUCGACGGCGACGGCGACGUCGACGCUCUCGCGGCCGCCUACGACGGCAACUACGUCGCCUGGUACGAGAACGACGGGUCGCAGUCGUUCUCGGGGCUCACCGUCGCGUCCCCCGCGGUCGGCGCCAUGUCGCUAAGCCCCGCGGACGUCGACGGGGACGGCGACGUCGACGUCGCCGUCGCGGCCGAUACGGGCAAUCUGCUGGCCUGGUACGAGAACGACGGGGGUCACUACGUCUUCACCCAGCGGCUCGUCAAGUACGUCAACAACGCCUACGCCGUCUCCGCCGUCGACGUCGACGGCGACGGCGACGUCGACGUCCUGGCGGCGUCCUACGGCGACCACACGGUCGCGUGGUACGAGAACGACGGGUCGCAGUCCUUCACGGAGACCAUCAUCACCGCCACGGCGGAGGCCGCCCAGGCCGUCUACGCGAUCGAAGUUGACGGCGACGGCGACGUCGACGCGCUCUCGGCGUCGAGCAACGACGACACGGUCGCGUGGUACGAGAACGCCUGCUCGACGCUCGCGCCCAGCGCGUCGCCGUCCGCGAGCCUCCCGCCGACGGCCACGCCGGCGCCGACGACCUACUUCUUCGAGUCGACGCUCCGCGCGUACUACACCUUCGACGACGGGAACGCGACGGACGCGCUCGGCCGCUACAACGGGACGUCGUGGAAGGCCGGCAUCGAGACGAAGCUCGAGGCCGUCGCCGGCCGCGACGGCACGGACGCCGUCGCCUUCGACGGCGCCGUCGUCCUCGAGUUCCCCCAGGCGCUCACGUCCGCGAACUGGCUCACGCAAACGUCGCUCGCGGGGACCCACGAGCGCACGAUCUGCCUCUGGGCGCGCGUCGACGCCUGGGACGGCGGCUACCUCUUCGAGUACGGCGGCACCGGCCACGACGGGGCGUCCUUCGGCCUCAAGACGGCGCCGGGCUCCGAGGAGGGCAACGUGACGCUCGCGCUCCAGGGCGUCUACGAGACGACCGUCGACAUCGAGGGCGACGGCGCGGCCAUCGACUGGGCCGACUGGCACCACUACUGCGUGAGCUUCGGCGGGACGACGGUCACGCUCUCCUUCGACGGCCUCGCCGAGGCCGCCGUGGACGUGUUCCUCGACACGGAGGAGGCUUACCACCUCCGCCUCGGCGCGGACAUCUUCCUCAACAACCACUUCACGGGCGCCCUCGACGAGCUCUACGUCUACGCGAGCGUCCUCGACGCGGCGGAGGUCGCCGUGCUCUACCAGGCGCUCGUCGCGCCGUCCGCCGCGCCGUCGCCCGCGCCGACGCGCGCGCCGACGGCGCCGCCGCCGCUCGUCGCCUACUACUCCUUCGACGGCGACAGCGCCAAGGACGACUUCGACGGCGACGGCGCGGGCACGAUGGACGGGUCCAUCACCGGCGCGACGGCGACGGCGGGCCCCUACGGCGGCGACGCGCUGUACUUCGACGGCGGCAACCGCUACGUGUCGUUCCCUCCCGACGUCACGGCGCACAUCCUGGGGGCCAGCGAGCGCACGGUGUGCUGCUGGGCGGCCAUCGACGCCUUCGACGAGGGCGCGCUCUUCUCCUACGGCGGCGGCGCCGACGGCCGCGAGUUCGGCCUCAUGGCGCCGACGUCGCCGGGCGAGAUCCGCUUCCAGGGCUUCGGCGGCGCCUACGACUACCAGGUCGAGCUCGCCGGCAUGGACGACGGCAGCUGGCACCACUACUGCCUCGCCUACGACGGCGCCGCGUGGUCCAUCUACUACGACGGGCUCAUCGCCGAGACCGUGACCGCCGCGCUCGACACGAGCGCGGACUACGACUUCGCCGUCGGCAACCGCGACAUCAAGGACGGCCAGUACGCGCUGACGGGCUCCGUCGACGAGGUCUACGUCUACCGGGUCGUCCUGGGCGCGGGCGAGGUCCUGGACCUCUACGACGCCGUGACGGGCGCGCCGACCAUGACGUGGCCGCCGACGACGGUCGUCCCGAGCCUCGCGCCGAGCCUCCUGCCGGCGCCCUCCGUCGGCGGCGCCGAGCGCGGCGCCGUCGCUCGCGCCAACGACGACGAGUCCGUCGGCGGCGCCGAGCGCGGCGCCGUCGCUCGCCCCGACGACGCCGCGCCGUCGCUCGCGCCGACGACGCCGAGUCCGUCGGCGGCGCCGAGCGCGGCGCCGUCGCUCGCGCCGACGACGACGAGUCCGUCGGCGGCGCCGAGCGCCGCGCCGUCGCUCGCGCCGUCGACGUCCGCGCCCAGCCUCGCGCUCGCGCCGACGCCCGCGCCGUCGCUCGCGCCGACGACGUCCGCGCCGACGCUCGCGCCGAGCGUCGCGCCCACCGCCGCGCCGUACCAGAGCUGCCCCGAGUCGCACCCGCUCCUCCUGCGGCGCCGGUUCCUGCCGGACGGCGCGAGCUGGGACGGCGUCACCGCGACCUUCACCCUCGACGAGGGCGACGGCGCGACGACCGUCGGCGCGGAGAGCGGCGCGCGGGACGACGUCCAGUACGAGUGCGUGCUCGACACGUACAACUGCUGGGACAUCACGUACGAGUACGACGCCGACGACAGCUCGCGCAGCGUCGCGGUGUCCACGGUGGACGGGGACGCGAUCGUCGUCCUCCUCGACGGGCGCACGCACUACUCGUUCUGCAUCAUCGACGGCGCCAUCGUCCGCGAGCCGACGGCCGCGCCGACCGCGACGCCCGCGCCGAGCACGCGGCCGACCUACGCGCCGACCGCCUGCCCGAGCGUCGAGCCGUCGAACGCGCCGAGUACGUGCCCUUCCUACGUGCCGACCGCGGGCCCGACGCCGGAGUCGUCGUCCGCAGUCGAGCCGACGUCCGCGCCGGCGGCGCUCGCGCCGCGCCCGACGGCCUCCGGCGGCUACGUCGUCGGCUUCGGGGCGACGUUCGCGGGCCUCACGGUCGCGGACGCGGAGGCCUACAAGGACAUCUUCCGGCAGGCGGUCGCGAACAUCGUCGGCGUCUCGACGGAGUCGGUCUCCGUCGACUUUUCGUCGUCGAACCGCGACUACGGCUACGGCUACGGCUACGGCGAUGACGGCUAUGGCUACGGCGAUGACGGCUACGGCUACGGCGAUGACGGCUACGGCUACGGCUACGGAGGCUACGCCUACGGCGAUGACGGCUACGGCUACGGCGACGACGGCGACGGCUACGGCGAUGACGGCUACGGCUACGGCGAUGACGGCUACGGCUAUGGCUACGGAGGCUACGCCUACGGCGAUGACGGCUACGGCUACGGCGAUGACGGCUACGGCUACGACGACGCUCAGUACGGCGGCGACGACUACUCGAUCGACGACUACUCGACGGACGACUACUACACGCCCAGCGAUGACUACUCGACGGACGACGUCUCGACGGAUGACUACACGCCCAGCGAUGAUUACUCGACGGACGACGUCUCGACGGACGACUACUCGACGGACGACGUCUCGACGGACGACUACACGCCCGGCGAUGAUUACUCGACGGACGACGUCUCCACGCCGACGGACGACUACUCGACGGAUGACUAUUCGACCGACGACUAUUCGACCGACGACAACAAUCCGUCGUACGCCUACGGCGAUGACGGCUACGGCUACGGCUAUUCAGCCUACGGCUACGGCUAUUCAGCCUACGGCUACGGCUAUUCAGCCUACGGCUACGGCUAUUCAGCCUACGGCUAUGGCGGCUACGGCUACGGCGACGAUGGCGGCUACGGCUACGGCUACGGCUACGGGCGGCGUCAGCUCGAGGACGGCGCGUCCGUCGAAGCGAGCUUCGAGAUCGCCGUCGAAAGCUCGGACGACGCCGAGGAGGUCCAAGGCGGCGUCGAUGCGAUAACCCCUUCGGACCUCGACGUGGCCGUCACGGAAGCCGCCGCCGACGACGACGCCGCGGCGGACGCGCUCAGCGAGGUGGCCACGACAGACCUCGAGGAGUCGACCGUCGUCGUCGUCGAGGCCGUCGACUACUACUAUUACGACCACUACUACAACCUCGGCGGCUACGGCUAUGGCGGCUACGGCUAUGACGGCUACGGCUACGGCUACGGCUAUGACGGAGUCGAUUACGGCUACGAGACCGGCGCGUACGGUGACAAUUUUUACAGUUACGAGUAUUACGGGGACGCAUACGGCGACGAGGUUGCAUACGGCGACGACGAACCGACGGCCGUGCCCACGCUGUAUCCCUCCCACUACUACUACGAGGAGUCCGGGGACGUUUACGGCAACGACGUCGAUUACGGCUACCAGACCGGGGACUACAGCUACGCCGCGGAGGAACCGACGGCAGGGGACGUGUACGGCAACGACGUCGAUUACGGCUACCAGACCGGGGACUACAGCUACGCCGUCGGUUCCUCCGUGCCCACGCGGUUUCCAUCUUUCAAUCCGUCCUUCAAUCCGUCCUUCAAUCCGUCCUUCAAUCCGUCCUUCAAUCCGUCGCUGAAUCCGUCGUUCUCUCCGUCGCUCCAUCCCACGACGGCCGUGCCGUCCGCGACGCCGACGUCCGCCGCGCCCACCGCCUACCCGUCGCCCGAAUGUCCCGAGUCGUACCCGAUCCUCGUGCGCCGGCGCUUCUUGCCGGACGGCGCGAGCUGGGACGGCGUCACCGUGACCUUCACCCUCGACGAGGACGGCACGACGAUCCUCGGGUCGGAGAGCGGCGCGCGGGCCGACGUCGAGUACACCUGCGUGCUGGACACGAGCAACUGCUGGAGCGCGAACUACGAGUACGACACCGCGGACGGCUCGCGCAGCAUCGAGGUGUCCACGGCGGACGGCGACGCGAUCGUCACUCUCCUCGACGGCCGGACGCACUACUCGUUCUGCAUCGUCGACGGCGCGAUCCUGCCCCAGCGCGACUCCGUCGGCCGCGCCGACGACGGCCGCGCCGACGGCCGCGCCGACGGCCGCGCCGAGUGCGGCGCCAAGCUCGGGUCCCAGCUCGGGUCCCAGCGCGGCGCCGACGUCCGCGCCGACGGCCGCGCCGAGCCCCGCUCCCAGCGCUGCGCCAUCGUCAUCGCCGACCGCGAAACCGUCCCGAAGCCCCUCGCCGUCCCCGUCGACCGCGGGUCGCCGACGCUCGCCCCCCUCGCCCCCUCGCCGGCGCCGACCCUCGUCCCCACGUCGUCGUCGCCGAGCGCGGCGCCGACGCCCGUGCCCUGCGACGAGGUCGACGGCGUCCCCGCGCCGCCGACGCUCGAGUCCGCGACGUUCACGGACACGGGCGCGGAGGUCGCCGUGCGCCUCGACGCGCCGAGCGACCGCGGCGGCGCCGCGGCGGGCGUCGCGUUCCCCUGCGACGAGCUCCUCGAGUUCCCGGGCGCGAACGCGUCCGUCUGCGAGUGGAUCGACGCCGCGCGCGUCGACGCGCUCGUGAGCGGCGCGGCGCUCCUCCCCGGCGACGAGCUCACGGUCAGGGGCGGCCUCCUGGCCCCGGCCUGCGAGGCCGGCGCCCGCUGCGACUGCUACGCGACGGCGAACGCGUCGUCCGCGGCCGUCGCCGCGCCGGAGACGCCGCUCGUGCCCGAGGCCGUGCUCCAGGGCCCCGACGUCGCCGCGGUCUGCGAGGCCGCGGGCCUCGUCAUCGACGCGGAGCAGUCGACGGGCGGCGGCGGCCGGCCCUUGGCCUACGCCUGGAACGCGUCCGGCGCCGCGCGGCGCCGCGCCGGUUCUGCCGCGGCGGCGGCCGCCGCGCGGGCCGCGCUCGACAGCGCGGCCGCGGCGGCCGCGGGGGGCCGCCUCGAGCUGUCGAGCGCGGCGCUCGAGGCCGUCCACGCCGCGGGCUUCGGGCGCGUCGACGUGUCCGUGGCGCUGACGAACUUCCUCGGGGGCUCCGCGGUCUCCGACGUCCACUCGACGGCGCUCACGAUCGCCGCGGUGCCGACGGUCGUCGUCGUCGGCGGGUCGUCCCAGGCCGUGGCGCCCGGCGCCGAGGCCAACGUCGAGGCCAUCGGCUACGCGACGACCUGCGACGGGCGGUCCAGCGCGGACCGCGGCGUGUCCUACGCGUGGGCGCUCUUCGACGCGAACGGCGACGACACGGGGCUCGCGUCCGCGGCGAAGAACGAGCGCUACUUCAAGCUCGCGCCCUACGCGCUGACCGCGGGGUCGACCUACGGCCUCGUCGUCGCGGUCUUCGACGCGGUCAACGGCUACAACAGCACCGCGCGCGCGACGCUGUCGCCGGCCGUCGGCGCCGUCGUCGCCGCGGUCGCGGGCGGCCACCGGACCGUGCCCCAGGCGUCGACCUUGGUCGCCGACGCCUCGGCGAGCUACGACGAGUCGGACCCGGACGCGGUCCUCGCCUACGCCUGGUCCUGCGACGCGAACGCGUCCGCGGCGGGCGCGUGCGACCGCGCGAUGUCCAACGCGGACGCGGCCGGCGCGCGGCUCGUCGUCGACGCGGCGGCCCUCACCGUCGGCGCCCUCGUCCUCGAGGUCACGGUGACGUCCGCGGGGGACAACCGCUCCGACGCGGCCGUCGUCGCCUACGACGUCCUCGCGUCGGACCCGCCGGCCGUCGCGGUCUCCGCGGACGCCGUGGCCAACGCGGCGCUCAAGCUCACGCUCCGGGGCGCCGUCGCCGACGAGGGCGGGCUCCGCCGGGGCCGCGUCGUCAACGCGACCUGGUCCCUCGUCGCGGGCGCCCUCGCCGGCGGCGCGGCCCUCGGCGACGCCGCGCGGACGCGGCUCGCCGCGGCGUGGGCGGCCGGCGCGGACGCGGCGGCGCACGACCUCGUGCUGCCCCCGCACGCCCUCGUCGCCGGCGCGACCUACGCCUUCCGCCUCGAGGCCGCCUUCGCCGACGACGCGGCCGCCGUCGGCGCCGCGGAGGUUGUGGUGGCCGUCGCGACCCCGCCGCGCGCGGGCGUCCUAAACGUCGCGCCGGCGGCGGGCGUCGCGCUCACGACGCUCUUCGAGCUCACGGCGAGCCUCUGGGUCGCCGACGCGCCGCCGCUGCGCUACCGCUUCCGCGCCGCCGACGACUUGUUGAGCGCGUACGCGCUCGAGCCGGCGCUCGCGGGCGCGCUGCUCCCCGCGGGCGCCGCGGCCGUCUACGGCGACGCGCGCGACGCGCUCGGCGCCGUCGCGACGGCCGAGGCGCCCGUUUUUGUCGAGGCGACGGCCCUCGCCGGCGCGGCGCUCGCGAACGCGACGGCGGCGGCGCUGGGCGACGCGUUCGCGUUCGACUCGCUCGACGGCGUCUGCAUGGCUGUCGCCGCGGCCGCGGGCGCCGCGGCGAACGACAGCGCCGUGCUCGGCGAUCUGGUCGACGCCAUGGCGCGGGCGACGGGCGACUACGUGGACGCGGGCGACCGGGGGCUCGUGGAGCAGGCGCUCGUGGCGCUGGCGGCGCCCGUCAACGCCGCGCCGAGAGUGUUGGGCGAGGCGUCCGCGCGGACGGCCCUGGGCCUCGUCGCGGGCCUCGCCGACGCGUUGGAGGCCGGGGGCCUGGGCGGGGGCGUCACGGCGUCGCCGGAGGCGACCGCGGCCAUCUUCUCCGCGCUCCUGGGCUCCGCGCUCUUCGCCCGCGGCAACGCGUCGGACGCGACCGUGCUCAUGGCCGCCGUCGACGCGCUCGCCGCGGCGCAGACGGCGACGCUCGUCGCGGACGAGGACGCCGUGGGCACGAACGCGUCCGCCUACAAGUCGUCGAACCGCGUCGCGUCCGGCGCCGCGGCGCUGACCGCGGGCCGGUCGUCCGCGGCCGCGACCGUCGGCGCCGCGGCCGCGCUGUCCGAGUUCGCGGCGGACCCGCACACGCCGGGCAGCGGCAACGUCGUCGUGCGCUACGCCGCGGACGGCGCCGCCGCCGCGACGCUGUCCAUCCCCGUCGACGCGCGGCCGGAGCGCCGCCGCCUGGAGGCCGGCGCGAACGCGACGCUCCGGCUGAGCUGCCCCUGGGGCUUCUACGGCAACGUGAGCGGCGCCUGCGACGACGGCGAGGUCUUCGCCUUCGCCUGCGACGGCGACCGCGUGGACUACGACGUCGACUGCGCCGAAUACGACGGCGCGGGCUGCGGCGUCUGGGACGACGGCGCGGGCGCCUGGGACGACGCGAGCUGCGCGGUCGUCGAAGACGCGUCCGGCGCCGUGACCUGCGCCUGCAACGUCACGGCGGACGGCGACGACUACGGCGCCGUCGAGCGCUACACGCUGGCGGAGGCCUACGCGAACGAGUUCUUAGGCGAGAUCAACUUCGCGCGGUCGCUCUACAUGUUCGUCUGCCUCUCCGUGCUCCUCGGCGGCGCGGCGCUCCUCGCGUUGUCGGGCGCGGUCAUGGACGUGCGGUCGGCGAAGCGCCGCGAGGCCGCGGCGCGCAAGGCCAUGUACCGCCUGUCGCGGCGGACGCCUGCGGACGCUCGCGCCCACGCGCUCUGCCACGAGCACGUGCUGUUGUCCAUCCCGAUGCGCUACGACCCGCUGAAGCCGCGCGUCGUCCGCUGGUUCGUCAUCGGCUUUCUGACGCACGUGCUCCUCGCGGAGCUGGCCUUCGCCCUCGUCAUCUCCUCGCCGGACCCGGGCUGCAGCAACCAGGAGGCGCGGGAGCCCUGCGAGGCCCUCGAGUACAACCUGGACGCGUCGCGGGCCUGCGGCUGGGACGAGGGCUCGGGCGAGUGCUACGCGCGCGAGCCCGACGGCCAGUUCACGCUGAACCACAUCAUCGUCGUCACGGCCUGCCUCAUGCUCUUCGAGCCCGUGCGCAAGUACGUCGACGACGUGAGCUCCGAGGUGCUCUGCCGCUGGCGCGACCUCGAGCCGUGGGGCGGAGAGCGCGUCCGCGACGCCGGCAGCGGCGCGCCGCCCGUCGCGGACUGGCGCGAGACCGAGGCGGGCCGCCCCGCGGCGGCGGACGGCGACGGCGACCACCUCCUCUUCGACGACGAGCCCUGGGACGUCCACGCGGACGGCGCGAACGUCGUCAUCGACUUCGCCGAGGCCGAGGCCCCGGCGCCCGCGCCCGCGGCGGCCCCGCCCGCGCCCGAGGCACCCGUGGCGGCCCCGGCGGCCCCGGCGUUCGCCGCGCUCUCGGACGCGCUCGCGGACGCGCCGCCGCCCGCGCCCGCGGUCGCGCUCCGCGUCGUGCGGCGCGCGCCGUCCGCGGCCGCGGCCGCGCCCGCCGAGGCGCCCGCCGCCGCGCCCGCCGCCUCGCCGCCGCCGCCGCCGCCGGGGUCCCCGGAGAGCCCCGCGGUCGCGAUCCGCGUCGUGCGGCGGCCCGGCGACUCGCCCGGCGGCGGCUCCGCCGCGAUGCUCAAGCUCGACCUCGACGGCGCGCGGUACUCGCCGCCCGCGUCGCCGUCGUCGCCGUCGUCGCCCGCGUCGUCGACGCGAGGCCGCAGGAGCCCGGCCCGCUCCAAGGCGAAGCGCGCGUCCGAGCUCUACCACACGCUGACGCACAAGAGCAGCUCGCGGUCGCGGCGGACGAGCGACGUGUCGCUGCCCGACCCGUCGCUCCUCGACGACGGCGGCGGCGACUCGGACGGCGACAGCUCCGACGACGAGUCGAUCCAGCUCCUCGACGCGGCCCAGGCGGCGGCCUGCGUGCUGCGGCGCCGAGACGAGCUGCGCGAGGCGUCGCGCUUCGCCAAGGCCCGGGGCAUGGGCCACGCGCGGCGGCGCCUCGCGGACAUGGAGGCCAAGCUCCUGGAGAAGUGGGGCUUCAGCGAGGACCGGGACGCCUUCGAGGAGAACGUGGCGGCCGUGCUCAAGCGCCACGAGCGCGUCGCGCGGCGCUGGGUCGCGGCCGUGGACCGCAUCGAGGGCGUGAGCCACGCGUACGAGCGCAAGGUCGCGCGCGUCGUCGCCUACGCGCGCACGGAGUGGCUCACGCGCCGCGAGUGGCGCAUCUACCUGCGGGGCUACUACCAGGUCGGCGCGGACGUCGGCGGGUCCGCGUCCGAGACCGCCGCGCAGCGGCGCAAGCCCGUGCCGCGGCGCGCGUUCGUCCUGUCGUGGCUCGGCGCGCUCGGCGCCUACGCGCUGAGCUUCGCGUAUUUGCUGCAGCGAGCGACGGCCUGGGGCCGGCGGCUGACGCUCGUGUGGAUCGAGGACGCGCUCUUCUGCGUCUGGUUCGAGUACGCGGUGCUGGAGACGCUGCGCGUGCUGCUGACCUUCGUGGUGCUGCCCAUGUUCCUGCAGCACCGCAUGCGGUCCGCGGAGAUGCGGAAGAUGCGGCGCUUCCCGUUCUCCGAGCGGUUCUUGGACAGCCCCGUCGCGCGGGUGCUGGCCGCGCGGCCGGACCUCGCGCGGUCGAAGCACCUCGCGACGCGGUUCUACGACCGCGAGACCGUGCUCGACGACCUGGAGGCGCACGGGCCCGUGCUGGAGCGCUUCGUCAAGGCGCGCUACUCCAUCUUCGUCGUCACCGCGGGCACGUUCCUGCUGAUCCCCGAGUUCAUGCAGGACGUCGUCUUCGCGGAGGUCUGCGACCUGUUGCCGUACCUGACGUCGAAGCUGCUGCGCGGCUUCAUCGAGUUCGACUCCGUCGGCGGCCGCCGCCAGGGCAGCGGCGCCGCCGUCGUGUCCAUCGCGCUCCUGGCCGUGCUGCUCUCCGUCUUCUUCGCGUUCAACCUCAUCCGCUGGGUCGACGAGCGGAUCCUCUGCACGACGACGCCGACGCCGGACGCCGCGCUCGACAAGGAGGAAACGGUCGCGCCGCUGCCGCGCCUCGAAAUCGGGCCGCCGGAGGAGGCGGGCGCGGACCUCUUCGCCGCGCCGCGCGAGGUCGCGCCGCGCGACGACGCGGGGGCGCCCGCGCCCGGCGGCGACGCCCAGGACGUGCCCGACGACGGCGGCGACGUCAUGCUCGCGGCGUCGACGCCGCCGCCGACGAGCUCCUUGACGAUGCCCGCGGCGAGCGUCACGGAGCCGCAGGCCGCGCCCACGGCGAAGACGGCCGCGACGGUCACGGUCGCCACGGGCACGAGCACGGCGCCCGACGCGAUCUUGAUGCAGCCGCGCGAGCACGACGCGCGCGCGUCGCCGCGCGGGCGCCGCGAGAACGCGGGCGUCGGUAGCGGCGGCGCGGCCGGCGGCGGCGCCGCGCGGUCCGCGGCGUCGCCCGCGCGCGGCGGCGGCGGCGGCGGCAGGCCCCGCGGCGGCGGCGGGCCGGCGACGGCCGCCGCCGACGCACUCGCCGGCGCGAGCGGCGCGGCCGGCGGCGGCGGCGCGACCUGCGGCGCGGAGCAGCCGCCGAGCGCGUCCCACGCGGGCGCCGCGGCGCCGGAGAGGGCGUCGGCGACGCCCGCGGCGACCUCGGCGCCGCCCGUCGCGACCUCGGCCAGCGAGCUCGCCGCGCCCCCGAGGACCGCGCCGACGGCGCCGACGGCGAACGCGCCGAGCAUCAACGCGCCCGCUCCCGCGGGGCCGGACCGGAGCGCGCGCUCCGCGCCGGGGAGCACGUUGCCCUCGAUCCAGCGCCGCCGCCGGGCCGCGGCGCCGUAG